ACGGACGAUUGUGAAUAUAUUCUAGAUUUAUAAAAUAGCGUCUAACAAGUGAGUAACAUGAGUUCCACGGAGGAAAUGGCGCGCUGCAUUCGGGAGUGGGCAGAAGAUGAGAUGCAGUUCGUCUCACAAGGCUAUCUCAGCAGCGCCGCCAUGCCACCGACAGCGGAACUGCAGCAGAUGUGCAGUGGAUGGAGGAUGCUGGAACUGUGGAACUUCGUCACCAAGUUCGUGAAGUCGGCAGAAACGGUGAGGAAAGUGAGAGGAAACCUCUUUCUUGAUGCCAAGAUGGAAAGCAGGGGAGGCUCAUACAAGGUGCGGUACAAGGGGAAGGAAAAGUACUCGCAAGAGGAAGCAAGUUUACAAGAUCACUACGAGAGGCUGCAAUCUCAGAUAGCGCAGGAAAGGAGGGAUGCUGCAACACUGCAGACUGAAAUCAACAGGCUGGAGAAGGAGAUGUCAGAAGCAGAACAGUUUCAAACCCAGACUUGCUCGCAAACGAAAGAGCUUCGCCACAGUAAAGCCUUGCUUCAUGCCUACUCCCAACAGUGUGAGGCGCAGGGUGCUCAGUAUAAAGAGUACACUGCUCGUGUCCAACAACUUGUCGAACGGUUCCAGAAGGUGUCAAGUCGCCCGAUUGACGACAAACCAGCCUACAGCCAAGAAACAGGAGACGGGACCACCAGUGGAGCGGUGGAGUCUGCCUGUACGCAUGACGUACGCCUAUGCACGAAAGAGCUUCAGGGGUUUCUGACAGGCAUUCUGCAGGGGCAGUUUGGGGUAGACAAGGGCCAUCUGUCGCGGCGUAAAGAGCAGCUGUGGACUGUCGUGGAGAACGUUACUCGUGAGCAUCCCGUAAACCACGUCCUGCACUCCCUGGGACUCAUCACCCAAGACGCCACCUUCCAUCUGAGAGACGUGACAGCGAGAGUGGACGUCAAGAACGAAGUGGAGCAACUCAGCUUCGAUUAUGUAGGCCCGGGGCAGUUCCGUGAUGUUUCCAGUGGCGCAAACGUCGUGAAAGGCGUCCAACAGUUGCUCCAGGAGGCUCAGGUGUCACACUUCCACCAGUUUAUCCGGACAGAGCAGAGCCUGAAUGCAGUCUGGAAGGAGAGACAGGCUUUGGAUGAAGCCAAAGCAAGGCUUGAGAAGAUCUUAUCCAGGAAGAUGCUGCAAGCAGGAGUCAUAGAGCUGACAAAAUCCCUGCUGGGGGUAGAGCUGGAGCUAUCUGGGGCUCAGGCCGCCCUGCAGUGCCUCCAGGAGUCAGCAGGGGAGCUGGAAACUUCGGCCCGAAGGAGGAGCACAGAGAAAAAAGCCCUGGAGGAGAAGCACGGCCGCAUUCAGGACUUCCAGACGACGGUAGAGCGGAAACAGGACCUGAUCAGGGUGCUGACAAAACAAAACUCUGACUCCAAACCACGGCUGGUGACUCUCCAGAGGGAGUGGCAGCAGUUCAUGCAACGGCAGCUCUGCAUCCAUGAGUCACAGGUCCAGGCUAACACCCUGCAGCUGAAGGGAGCUGUGAAACAGGAAGUGGAGUCCCUCCUGCCUCUGAAACUUUCCGCCCUGAAGCCGGCCCUGCUGGACCAGCCAGGCCUGACCCAGGUCCGAGACCUGUCGCUGUACGCAGUAGACCAGGAGACAGGCACAGCGGAGGGCACCAGCCUCAGGAAGGUUGCAGAAGAUGUCAACUGUAAACCAUACAAGGCAGCUGAGUGCUUACUACCACAAGCAAUCCAAAUGAAGGUGGACAUUGCUGCGAUGGCCACCCUGCUGCAGUCCCAUGACCAGCUGAUGGAGGAGCUGCAGGGGGUCAGGCAGGCAGGCGGGCUGCAGAGGGCAGCCGCCCUGUGUGAAGAGGUGGCGAGGGCGGACAGGUCCAUGUUAGAGCGACUCCUGCCACAGCUGGAGGUCAGGAUGGACAAGACCCAGCAGGUCAUGGGUCGCGCCCUCAGGGUCAGGGACUUCAAGGAUGCAUGGUGGGACCAGCCAGCCCAGCACCUGGCACCAUGGCUGGAGCAGGGGGGACAGACGUACAGGCAGUGGUGCACAGCCUGGACUGUGGGGGUCGCACAUCUACACCAGGCCAGGCAGCAGUUCCAGUAACCCCCCUGUGCUAGAGGACCCCCCCCUGAAGCUGAGGGGUACAGAGAUGGUCAACCAUUGCCAGUUCAUCCAGGCAACGUUUACUACAUCAUCUUGUUCUGUUCAACCUCAACUUUGAAUAUAUUAUAAUAUAAAGGAUUGAACUGUUCCACAUGACUAGAAAGUUCAGCUUCUAGAAAAAGCUUUCAAAUGGCAUCCACCAUCCUCAUUCAGUUCUGAAAUUUUCAUCACCAUACCUGGGAGGCUUAAAAAUCACACAGAUCAAGGUACUAGAGGGUGUUCAGCUUGUUUGUUUGGUUCUGUGUAUUUAUGGGUAACACAAUCGCUUCUCUUGCUGAAGGAUGACUGCAGUGUUUUUGGAUAGAUGGCUGAAUAAAUCAGUCCAACUCAACAAUCAUCACUUUGGUAUCCCAUUUCUUUUGUCAUUUUAAAUCAGAUUUCACUCCAUUCAGUAUUACUCCAUCUAAUCUUACACUUCAUAGCAAAAACACAGACAGUCUUGCUUGUUGAAUGGCUAUAAAGUGUGGAUCAUAUUUUGAAGCUUUUUUAUAUUUGGAUCAGAACAUUGAAAUAGAAAAUAUGUACACGGCUUCUUAUGAAUACAAGGUGCUACAGAAGGGCAGAAACAAAGACUCGGUAGACAAAAUAAUACAAUUUACUUGUGACU